UGCAGCAUUAGCUUGAGUCUGACAGUGGGCGGGGCUUCGAUCAGGAGGUCACAACAAUAAUGGCGUGCAGAGGAUUUAUUAUAAAAUGGGGCAAAGCAGAGUUCAUUAGAUCGCUAAAUGCUGUUUCCCGAUGCUCAAGACUCAACCCAUAUCAGCAACAGAGGCGUGGUUUCCGUCGGGAAGCUAAAAGGACAGAUACCAAAAAGGGAAAUGUCACCCAGCAACAAACCAAAGCAUCACCCCCUGAGGCUGGCACACCGGGACCCCCGCCUCCUCCUAAAGUCCGACAGCCAACGCUCUUUAGACCACUAAUGUUCACAGUAGGGUUUGCAGGUUGUUCCUUCGGUGGAGCGGCCAUUCUUCAAUAUGAGACGCUGAAAGCAAGAGUUCAGACUGCUAAAGAUAGGGAGGAGUUAGACAAACUUGUGAUGGGUUCCCAGGACAUGGCCUACUGGCACGACUGGUGGAACCAACUGUCCAGCUUCCAGCGGCAGCUCCUCCUCCUGAUGUCAGUGGUAGAGGACAUCUGGAGCAACCUCACGGAGGGACAGAGAACUGCUACUGGUAUUAUAGCGAUAAACGCUGCAGUUCUAUUUUGCUGGAGGGUCCCGGCAUUGCAAAGAACUAUGAUUAAGUACUUCACAUCCAACCCAGCUUCCAAAACACGGUGCCUUCCCAUGGUUCUGUCUUCCUUCAGCCACUACUCCAUUAUCCACAUGGUGGCCAACAUGUACGUCCUAUGGAUGUUUUCCUCUGGCAUAGUCUCCCUCUUAGGCAAAGAGCAGUUUAUUGCUGUCUACCUCUCUGCUGGUGUGAUCUCCACUAUGGUCAGUUAUGUUUGUAAAACAGCCACCGGGCGGUUCUAUCCAUCACUAGGAGCGUCAGGUGCUGUUAUGGCAGUACUUGCUGCAGUCUGUACAAAAGUACCAGAGGCCAAGCUGGGCAUCAUCUUCCUUCCUAUGAUCACUUUCACUGCGGGAAAUGCUCUCAAAGCACUUGUGGCCAUGGAUAUGGCAGGGCUCGUGUUGGGAUGGCGGCUGUUUGAUCAUGCUGCUCAUCUUGGUGGAGCUCUCUUUGGAGUCUGGUACGUGACUUAUGGUCACAAACUAAUCUGGAGAAGGACGAAGCCUCUCGUGAAGCUGUGGCAUGACCUUCGCUCUCCAGGUGGCCGAGGAUCUAGGCCCGGCGGUGGGUCUGGGGUCAGAGGUGGUGGAGGACCUGGACACCAGUAAAACUACCUAAAUAUCCCUGGAAUCGUUUACAAGAAAGAUUCCUGUUAUGUUGGAAAAUACCUAGAUGUUUUUAUUAUCUGUUGGAGGGGGGUGUUAUUUUUCAUGAAUAAAUAUAGAAAUAUAUAAAAA